GACUACCGACGUGAUGGAAACGUUAAAAGAGCCGAGAAUGAUAAAGAUAUGUGCCCCGAUGGUCAGAUAUAGCAAAAACGUUCUUGUGUAGGCAAAUCGAAACGCUUUGAAAAUUCGUCGACCACGUAUCCCAGACAGUCGAAUCUGUCGAGAACAGAUUUCGUCAAAUGCCCCACUACAAAUUUUCAGAAAGAUUGCAUACAGCAACUGAUCUAUUCGACAUGUUGCCAGCUUGUCAGCAGAAUCACAACAAAAUCUGCUCACGUAACUGAAUCUCUGCUCGGUUUCUGCCGACAAUCUGUUGACAGCGUAUGCUUUACAGACUCUGUUGCCAAAACAGGAGCCAACUGCGGACACAGAUGGCCACGGUUUUGGUGUGGCUUUCUGACGAAUCUGCUGCCAAUCUGCUAACUGGGAUAACGUACAAUUUAUCGACUUGCGCAAAUUUUUUAAACGCAUUUAUUGGCCACAAAAUAGAACGUUUUUGGACGCAAGGAGCACAUUGUAGAUUAGGCUUUGUGCUUUUUGCCAGACUGCAGUUUAGAACGCUCGUGAGACGGUACGGAUGUGAUAUAUGCUUUACCCCGAUGAUCCUGGCGGACUCGUUUGUGCAGUCCUCGAAAGCUCGGGACAACGAAUUUACUACGCACGAGGACGAUCAGCCGCUGAUUGUCCAAUUUGCGGCUAAGACUGUAAAUGACUUUAUCGACGCUUCAGAAAUGGUUGCGCCAUACUGCAACGGUGUAGAUCUAAACUGUGGCUGUCCACAACGCUGGGCCAUGCAGGAGGGAUACGGGGCUGAUUUACUGAAAAAACCAGAGCUCGUGAGGGACUUCGUGUAUCAAGUUAGAAAUCGUAUUCCACGGCCGUUCACCGUUUCCGUGAAGAUACGUUUGUUGAAGGACAUACGCCAGACGGUAGCGUUGUGCCAGACCUUGGAGAAGGCCGGUGCCUCGUUCUUAACAAUUCACGCGAGGACUCCCGAGAUGCGUAACGAGCCAAUCGACUUGGACAGCCUCAAGCUUCUCAGGGACCACGUGCAGCUGCCGCUUGUGGCGAACGGCGAUGCGAAGAGCCUGGAAAGCGCGGAGUUUUUGUUUAAAGAAUCCAAGUGCCAGGGCGUGAUGUCCGCCAGGGGUAUCUUGAGUAACCCGGCGUUGUUCUCGGGAUACUCCGCUACUCCGCUCACCUGCGUUCAAGAUUGGUUGGACAUCACGUCGACUAUACCAACGGAAUUUCAGUGUUUCCACCACCAUCUGGUAUUCAUGUUGGAAAAGAUUCUGCCGAGGAAAGACCGGGUGUUGUUCAAUAGCCUGCAGAGUAAAUCGUCCGUGCUGGGGUUUCUAGAAAGUUAUUACGGCGUGAAACCGAACGCGUCUAGUCCGACGGAAUUGACGAGGUGUAACUUCAACGCUUCGCGCGUACGGUGUAAAGAAAAGUAUAUUGAUUGUUGGGAGGACGACUCGUCUACCGAUUUUCUAGGAUGUAUGUUUAAUGCGGAUUCGUAAGGGGAAGCUCGAGAACGUUCUCCGAGCCUCGUACGAACUCGUUAUGUUUCGCAUGUUUCACGAUCUAGGUUGAAUAAUAAACUUUUUUAAAAAAACUCGCUAUGUGUUGUCAUGCUAUUACCUAGGGUCUGUUCUUUUUAACAAUUUU